UGCACAUCAUCAGUGACUGUGAUUUAGACACACAUUGAGUGGAGCAUGUUUUUCACGUGGACAUGGCCAGCAUAGAUGUAUUGAGAACCAGGUUUUACUUUUAUGACAAAAUGUACAGUCAUGAUUUACGUGAACAAAGCUUUGCUGACUGGCCAUUUAGAGAGGAAUGUAACUGCACACCUGGAAAGAUGGCCAGGGCUGGGUUUGUCCACUGCCCCAGUGAGAAUGAGCCUGAUGUGGCCUGCUGUUUCUUCUGUCUGAUUGAGCUUGAGGGCUGGGAGCCAGAUGAUGAUCCCUGGGCUGAACAUGAAAAACGCUCUCCUAACUGUGGAUUCUUAACCAUGAAGAAAGACUUCACCGAGCUAACUGUGGCUGAAUUCUAUUGCAUGGAAAAGGAGAGGCUAAAGGUCUUCCUCAGAAAGGUUUGUCAUAAGAAGAUGGCAUAUUUGCGGGACGACAUAGACCAAACGCUUGAGAGCCUUAAAUCUCAGUUGGACUCAAUAUGACUGAAACUGUAAUUUUAUUAUUACACUAUUCUUAAGGGUGGAACGAGAGCCAAUAGUCUUGACUUAGUAGUUUAAUGCAAUGGCAGUUUAAAAUAUCAAUAAAGA